ACUAAUAUUUUGUCACAAUCAAUACUUUGAGUGAGUAUAUAUAAAGCACUUCAAACUCAAUAUUGGCCACUUUCAACCAAUGAAGGCCAAUCCAAUUGAACUUCCUACCACCAAUGGCAAUAACAACAACCUUCUUCACAAACCACUCAUCACUUCCAAACACUUCAUCCUUCCAAGCUUAACCUUAGCCCUUUUAAUCACAAUCCAUCUUUACAUUGGAAACUUUCCGAACCUCGGGUCGAUUAGCCCGGACACGUCGUCAGGAAACUCGACUACCGAUGAUAACAAAUGUAAUUUGUUUAAAGGGACUUGGGUUCUUGAUGAUGAGAAGGAAAUAUACUACACAAAUGAAACAAAAUGCAUUAUUGAUGAUAGACAAAAUUGUAUGAAAUAUGGUAGGCCGGAUACCGAUUUCAUCAAGUGGAGAUGGCAGCCUGAUAAAUGUGAUUUGCCUGAAUUCGACGCGGUUGAGUUCUUGGAGAUUGUUAGAGGGAAAAGCUUGGCCUUUAUUGGAGACUCGGUUGGAAGAAACCAAAUGCAAUCUUUGGUUUGCAUGUUAGCUAAUGAAGCAUAUCCCAUCGAUGUUUCACAUACAAACGAUACAAGAUUCAGGAGAUGGAUGUUUCCUACGUACAACUUUACAAUCGUAGCACUUUGGUCUCCUCUAUUGAUGAAAGUUCGUGAUCCCAGUCCAGAGAAUUUCACUCGUAACAGCUUAAUGAACCUCUAUUUAGACGAGGCAGAUGAUGUAUGGACAUCUCAGCUACAAAACUUAGACAUUGUCAUAUUUUCGGCUGGACAAUGGUUUUAUAGACCAUAUAUGUACUACGAAAAAGGAGAACUUGUGGGAUGUCGUUUAUGCAAUCAAGCAAAUAUUACAGAGCAAACCGUGUACUUUGCUUACCAAAAGGCAUUUGAAACAACAUUUACUACCCUUCUAAAUCGUCAAAACUAUACAGGAUUAGCAUUUCUAAGGUCAUAUUCACCGCAACAUUUUGAGAAUGGAGUUUAUAAUAACGGAGGGAAUUGCGUAAGGACAAGACCUUACACGUCAGAAGAGAUGAAGUUGGACGGGUACCAGUUACAAAUGUACCAAACUCAAGUAAAUGAGUUCAAAGCGGCACAGAAAGAAGGAGAAAAAAGGGGCUUAAAACUUAGGUUGCUGGACACUAGUGAUGCAAUGAUAAUGAGGCCUGAUGGACAUCCAAACCAUUAUGGACAUCCAGCUAGUGACAAUAAAAGUUUUGCGGAUUGUGUCCAUUGGUGUAUGCCCGGACCAGUGGACACAUGGAACGAGUUCUUGCUUGAAAUGCUGAAGAUGGAAGGAGACGGUUUUAUCGAAAAGGCACCUCAGAGGAACAUCACAAAAUUGAACCUUAGAUGAAUUUCUCAUACAAGCUUUCCAAAAUUAAGACUUGGCAGUUGAUUCAAAGAUGUAAGUAUAGUAUUCUUAGAAUUGUAUCUAGUCCAUAUAUAUGUUUAAGCAAACAUUUCAAGAGUAAUUAUAUAAUAACUAUAAAUAUACAACUA